AUGGCCACGAAAAAGGUGCAGCGGCAGUUGCUGCUGGAUCCCACUUGGCUAAUCCUAGCUGAACCUGAUGUUGGCAGUGACAGCUCAAGUACCGUGACGACGGUUUGGCCGAUUUGGCAGGUGCAGUCGCUGAUUGACAGGAGUGAUCCCAGAACGCUUCAGAUUGGAAUGAAUGCGCACAAGCCUGGCAUGCGGCCAGGAGAGGCUAUCGCGUACAAUCCGCCGGUAUGCACGUAUUUCACGUUGACCCUCAACUUUGAUGACGUGAAGAAGUGCAACGAAGCCGCAGUCCAUCUGCAGACGCGGAGACGUGUUGUUCGCGGUCAGAUGCUGCAGAAGGCGCGUAUGUCAGGUGAACCCUUCGUGUGUGUUCCGACUGUCUGUGGCGUGUGCAGGCAGCAAGCUUUUUUGACCAAUGCCAGGCAGGGCUCUCAUCUGAACUUACAACUCCAUUCUUGUCGGUGUAAGCAGAUGCCACCAGAUGUUCCUCUGUUCUUGGUUCGUGCAAGAGGCGUUGUGGGAGUUGAGACAAGAUAG